CAUUUGUUUAUUCUGAAGUCAUAGCAUAUAUCUAUACCUUAAGUAGAGAAACCCCUGCAGAAACUUUAUACUGAACAAAUGGAUAUCGCUAUACUGUUCCUCGUUCAUUUUCUCUUAAUUGCUGGCACCUACUCUGCAAAUGAUUGCCAAAGUUCUGCGUGCGACUACUAUGGACUUCCUAUUCGGUUUCCCUUCCAGCUGUCGCCUCAGCAACCUCAAAGCUGCGGUUAUCCUGGCUUCAAUGUUCAUUGCAACAAUCAGCGUAAGCCUGUUGUGAAUCUCCCUUACUCCGGAGAUUUCCUCAUAAAAAGUAUCAGCUACCGCAAACAGCUAGUAAAACUCCAUGAUCCGUACAAAUGCCUUCCCAAAAGGCUUCUGGAGCUCAAUCUCUCAGGUUCACCUUUCAAGGCUGCUUACUAUCAGAACUAUACCCUCCUCAGUUGUCCACUAGACUUCGACACGUCUCGUUUCACUACCAUUGCUUGCCUCAGUAAUUCAACAAGUAGAAUUCUGGCUACUUCUUCAGUGAGUCUUGCCAACUCGCUGACAACGUGCAAGAUCAUUCGUAGUUCCCUGAUACCAGUUUCGCGGCCUCCACAAGAUAAUGACGGUCUUUCAUCUGAUCUCAGCGACGAUCUCUUGUUGAAAUGGAGUAUACCUAAUUGUGAUCAAUGCGAAGAAAAUGGAGGUAUCUGCAACUUCAGAAAUACUACAAGCGGACAGCCUACGUGUUCCCACCAAUCUAAAACAGGCGCCAUCCAUGUUUUCAGGAUCAUAGCAUUGUGUGUUACGGUGCCUGCAAUCGCGACCUCCAUCAUCAUAGCCACGUUCAUAUGCUUCACAAGAGGACCAGAUUUUAAUCGUCAGGAAGCUGAAUUAGCAUUGCAGUCUGUGAACGAGUCACAAGGCCUUGAUGAGAGCACAAUUGAGUCGUAUACUAAAGUUAUCAUAGGCGAGAGCCGGAGACUCCCUGCAGGGCCUAACGAUAUAACUUGUCCAAUAUGCUUGUCCGAUUACCAUGCCAACGAAACAUUGAAGUGCAUUCCUGAAUGCCAGCAUUGCUUCCAUUCUGAGUGCAUCGACGAAUGGCUCAGAAGGAAGGGUACUUGUCCGGUUUGCAGGAAUUCACCUUCGCCUGCUCGUGUUAUUACUUAGGCUGCGUGGGGAGGAAUGAAUGGUAAAUGGUAAGAGCCGCGGAGGCAAUAUAGAGGUUGUAUCAACCGGAAAGGAUUAUAUAUCUUCUCCUAAAAUGGCUUGCAAUGUAUAUUCACCAACAUACACCAAAAUUUACAAAUUGAUGUCAUACAUAUAUAUAAUGAAAGUUAAACACCA